AUUCAAUGUGAAAGUUUGUUUGCAUGGACGCAUCGGCACGCCACUCCACUCGGCAGGAAAUCAUUUUAGAAACUAUAUUUUCGUCAUUUCUAGUGCUUUGGUAUUGUGAUAGAAGGAAUCCAAUUACAAUACAAUUAAAAUGACGUCGUCGGAGGUGUCGUUUAAUCGUAAAAUAAUAUCAGAAGAUCUAUCAAACGUCGAAUUCGACACGAGCGAGGAUGUGGAAGUUAUCCCAACAUUUGAUUCUAUGGGCCUUCGGGAUGAGUUGUUACGAGGAAUUUACACAUACGGAUUUGAGAAACCUUCUGCAAUUCAACAGCGUAGUAUCCUACCUAUAGUGAAGGGCAGAGACGUAAUCGCACAAGCUCAGUCGGGUACAGGCAAAACAGCAACAUUUUCAAUCUCUAUUCUGCAGUCACUAGAUACUACCCUGCGUGAAACACAAGUUUUAAUUUUAUCGCCGACUCGUGAGCUGGCGACACAGAUCCAGAAGGUUAUCCUGGCGCUAGGCGAUUUCAUGAAUGUUCAAUGCCAUGCCUGCAUUGGUGGCACAAACCUUGGUGAAGAUAUAAGGAAGUUGGAUUAUGGGCAGCAUGUUGUAUCUGGCACACCUGGCAGAGUAUUUGACAUGAUCAAAAGACGUGUUCUCCGCACCAGAUCGAUAAAAAUGCUAGUACUUGAUGAAGCUGAUGAGAUGCUGAACAAAGGUUUCAAGGAGCAGAUCUAUGAUGUGUACCGUUACCUGCCUCCAGCGACCCAGGUGGUGCUGAUCUCAGCCACUUUGCCCCAUGAGAUUCUUGAAAUGACUUCUAAAUUCAUGACAGACCCUAUCAGGAUUCUAGUCAAACGUGACGAGUUGACAUUAGAAGGUAUCAAGCAGUUCUUUGUAGCAGUAGAACGAGAGGAAUGGAAGUUCGACACACUAUGUGACCUCUAUGAUACUCUGACCAUCACACAAGCAGUCAUAUUCUGCAACACCAAGCGGAAGGUAGAUUGGCUGACUCAGAAGAUGCAGGAGGCUAACUUUACAGUCAGCUCAAUGCAUGGUGACAUGCCACAGAAAGAGAGAGAUAAUAUUAUGAAAGAGUUCCGCUCUGGACAAAGCCGUGUCCUCAUCACAACGGACGUGUGGGCACGAGGUAUUGAUGUGCAACAGGUUUCGCUGGUGAUAAACUACGACCUCCCCAACAACCGUGAGCUGUACAUCCACAGAAUCGGCCGCUCCGGUCGUUUUGGACGCAAGGGUGUCGCUAUCAACUUCGUCAAAUCAGACGACAUCAGGAUCCUCAGAGAUAUUGAACAGUACUACUCUACUCAAAUAGACGAGAUGCCAAUGAAUGUAGCAGAUUUAAUCUAAUACUUAUUUAAAAAUAGUUAACACUCAAUUUAGAUUUAUAUGACUGGUUUUGUGAUAUAAAUCUAUACUCAGUUUUCAGCAUAAGCACUCACUGGCUACUUCUGGGUGGAAGAGUCGUAAGGACGUUCUUUAGUCACUAAGCUACAUAUAGAACCUGACUUAUCUUGUUAUAAUGUCUCAAUAUAAAUGUGAUUUGUAAA